AUGGGGACUGGGAAAUCGGGGAGAGACUAUGAGAGGUCCUCUGACACAGGGAGAGACUACGACAGCUCCUCUGAUACAGGGAGAGACUACGACAGCUCCUCUGACACAUGGAGAGACUACAAUAGCUCCUCUGACACAGGGAGAGACUACGAUAGCUCCUCUGAUACAGGGAGAGACUAUGACAGCUCCUCUGACACAGGGAGAGACUACGAUAGCUCCUCUGACACAGGGAGAGACUACGACAGCUCCUCUGACACAGGGAGAGACUACGAUAGCUCCUCUGACACAGGAAGAGACUACGAUAGCUCCUCUGACACAGGGAGAGACUACGACAGCUCCUUUGACACAGGGAGAGACUACGAUAGCUCCUCUGAUACAGGGAGAGAUUACGACAGCUCCUCUGACACAGGGAGAGACUGCGACAGCUCCUCUGACACAAGGAGAGACUACGACAGCUCCUCUGACACAAGGAGAGACUACGAUAGCUCCUGUGACACAGAAAGAGACUUCUUGACAGCUCCUCUGACACUGAUAGAGACUACGACAGGUCCUCUGACGUAG